ACUUUCAUCCAUUAUUGAAUCCCUUCAAGGUUUUACAUCGUCCGUCGUAAUAAAAAAUGGCGUUCAGGUAUUUGGCAGCUCGAGUGGCAGCAAAUAGCUUCAGAACUGUGAAUAAAAGCCCCAAGUCAUAUGCUACGGCGACGGAGGCGAGGAUGAAAUCUUACGCGCCGGCGGCCGAUUUCUCACGAUUCGAUCACGAUUACCAGCAGCAACAGAGCAAGCUGAAGGCGUCACGAGCCGGCGAUUUUGUCCCCGUCUAUGUGGCGAUCGGUCUGAUUGCGCUUUCUGUAGCCCUCGGAUUGCACACGGCGAAGCAGCAGUUGGCUCAUUCGCCGUCCGUUUCCGUUCGGAAGAAACGCAGAGAGACGAUUCCGGAGGUGGCAGAGCCAGAGCACGUGGCGGAGGAGACUGAGAAGUUCUUCGCUAAAUCGUUCUUCAGAAAAGUGGCUCACGUUCAGGAACUCGAGAAAUUACGCAAUUAUCGCGUUCCUUACGAUCCUCAACUCGGCGAUGCUUAUGCUCAUCGCCAUCGUACUGAGACGCUCAGGUCCGUCGGUGUCGAUCCGGCUUCGAACUGAAAUUAUAGUCGGCGGUGGUGAUUUUAUUUCGACCGUUUGUAAUUAAGAAAUAAAACGUCGAGAAGCUACUGUGUGAAUGUAAUUUCAGUAAGAACUUCGUUACCUUUGUAAAUUCGGUAUCCGGAAGUAUGAAUGUUUGUCCAUUUUUUCCCAAUUACCUGGA